AUGAAAUCUGCUACUUUCAUGUCCUUCUUGACCCUCUCGGCGGGCUACGUGUUCCAGCCCGAGAAUGAGACGGACUUUCGAAACCCAAACAUCCCGGGCUUAUUCAACUACACCGAAAGCCAGUUCGACAUCUCCACCGGAUCAUCCUACUGGAUAAGCUCCUACAUCACCGGAAACGACGGCCGGCAGUACAUGGCCCUCUCUCACCUCUUGACCACCCACAGCCCCAGCCCCGUCUGCCGCUCCUCCAUCAUCGACCUUGAAUUGAAGGAGUACUGGGUCGAUCUGACCUACUGCACCUCCACAAACGGAAGCGGCUUCGAUAAUGGCAAACCUUUGAACGCCGACUACGGCACCUACGCCUUCGGAUCCACCUCAGAUGACAGUGUCUCCAGCAUGUACGCCUACGCUCACACCGAUAAGGGCUUCUCCAUCGACCUCGAAUGGAACCUGACUUCCCGAGUCAUGCUGAACGGCGGCACCGGCAUCAUCCCCUUUGGAAACGUCCCCGUCAACGCCACUGAAUGGGGCGUACCCGCAGGCAGAACCACGGGCACGAUCACAGUUAAUAACAAAACCAUCGCCGUCAACCCAUGCAGCUCCUUCACCUGGUACGACAGACAACUCUCCCACGGCGCGCCCAAGAACUGGACCUGGUUCGAGAUCAACUUCCCCGGCUCGGACGUCAAGGCCAGCGUCUGGGCGUACGACCUGAUCGGCGACGAGUCCACGCGCUUCGCGACUGUUCGCUCGGGUAACAGUUACCACGUGGUUGCGUACGAUCUGGAGCCUGAUUACACCAAGACGUGGACUUCUCCCAAGUCGAACAUCACGUACCCUCUUAGCUGGAACCUGAACUUCGAGAAUGGCGAUCAUCUUCUGAUCGAGUCGAUCCGGCCUGAUCAGGAGAUGUAUGGCGACAAGGCCUUGGUCGACUCCGCUUACGAGGGGUUUGUCAAGGUUCGUGGAAGCUUCUACGGACAGGAGGAGGGCUUUGGUGUUGCAGAGCUCGUUUCUGUGUACUGA